AUGAAGAUUGGAGAAUAUCUUGUUGCCCCAGUUGGCCGCCAGUUUGGUUAUUUGAUUUUCUAUGAGGCCAAUAUUAAGAAUCUCGAAAAGCAAGUCCAAAAGUUGGAAGAUAAAAGAUUUGGGGUACAAAAAUCAGUUGAAGAAGCAGAGACAAAGAGAGAAACUAUUGCACCAGAUGUCGAGCGGUGGUUGAAAACAGUGAAUGAACUCAACGAAGAGGCUAAGAAAUUCCUCGAGGAUGAAGUGAAAGCAAACAAAGGGUGUCUGAAUGGGUGGUGUCCAAAUUUGAAGUCACGCUACUCCUUGAGCAGAAAAGCUACAAAGAAAACUCAUAGUGUGCAAGAGCUACGUGGAGAAGGAGAUUUCUCUAGAGUGUCCUAUCCCAAUCCUACAGUUGCACCUUAUGUGGGGACAACAUUUGCAUUCACUGGAGGUUUUAAGGGGUUUGAAUCUAGAAGAUUGACUAUGAAUGGAGUUAUGGAGGCACUGACAGAUGAUAGUAUCUAUGUGAUUGGGAUAUGUGGGAUGGGAGGGGUUGGUAAGACAACUAUGGCGAAAGAAGUUGCCAAGAAAGCGGAAGAAAAGAAAAUGUUCGAUAAAAUCGUGAUGGUAGUAGUGUCCCAAAACCCAGACUUGAUUAAUAUUCAAGGUCAGAUAGCCAAAAUAUUGGAUUUAAAAAAAUUUGGCGGAAACAAUUUACCUAUUGGAGCGGGGGAGAUACCAUAA